UGUGUCAUUCACAACAACAAAAAAUCGCAACGCAACUCGUUAACUCCUAUGGCUAAUUCGAAAGCAUAUAUUUAUUUAGCUAUGCUAAUCUUGGACACCGUAGUAACGGUUUCCGAGAGCCGGGUCGAAAGAAAAGACCUAAGCCUCGACUUGGGCGGUCUUGGCAUCGGUAUUGGUACUGGAAUUGGCAUUGGGUUGGGAGGCAGUGGCAGUGGCUCGGGAGCCGGUGCAGGGUCCGGCUCGGCUGGGGGGUCUAGCUCGAGUUCUAGUUCGAGCUCAAGUUCGAGUUCAAGUUCAAGUUCACGUGGUGGUGGAGGUUCGGGCUCAGAAGCAGGCUCGUCAGCGGGGUCUUCCGCUGGAUCAAGAGCAGGAUCGGGAGGUGGUGGUGGAGGAUCCGGUGAGGGAAGUGGUCAUGGUGAAGGUUAUGGCGGAGGUGGUGGAAAUUGAAUCCAUGAUAAAAAGAAAAAUGAUCGAGUUUAAUUAUGUUAUGUAAUGUGUAUUGUGAUAAAUUAAUAUAUGGGGUAAAACAAAAUCCAAAUAUCUAAUGGACGUUUCCGAAAUUAAGGUA